AUGCGCUUCAAGAGCCAGAUCAAGAAUGUGAACCUUUUUGCAAAGUUCUGCGCCUCUUUGGCUUCGCUGGGCCAAAUUGCCUGGUGUCGAUUGAACGACGACGACGUUCAGUUCACGAUUGUCCCUGACAAAGGCAGUCAAGUAUGGUCCGUCCUGAAGCCCGAAACCGUCUUCGACACAUACAUUCUUCAAUCCGCCUCGCCGAAGAAUACGAUCAACCUCGAAGUCCCUAUCCAAGCCCUUUCCAGAGCUCUCCGUUCGGCAUAUGGUUCGACGUCCACUCAGAUCAGGCUGACCAAGAAAGACAAUGUGCCCAUGCUAUCGUUGACAAUAGUCACCAAUACAUUCAGUAGUGGGAAUAAUGUUGUUGCGGCCCCAACGACCACAACCUCCCGACAUAGCGGCGAUGCUGGGGAACUCGACUUUACCGAUGAUAAUAUGGACGUAUCGUUUGCUGGCGCGAAUGGGGGUGGACCCAGAGAACGAGAGACCGUCAUUACUCAAGACAUCCCCGUGAAAGUACUGUCCAUGGAAGUCGUGGAGAGAAUCCACCAGCCUCGAACCCCAGAGCCAGACGUGAAUAUUUAUCUUCCUCCUUUGGCACAAGUAAAAACAAUCUCCGAACGCUUCACAAGACUCGCCAUGGCGACCACGAAGGGAUCUUCCUCUACCGGCCCCAGAUUGGAGCUCAGCGCCAAUAUGCACGGUUCGCUCAAGAUUGCGGUGAAAACCGACGCGCUCAAUAUCUCAAGCCGCUGGACUGGUCUCCUCAAUCCGGAACUUGACCCGGCGCAUUUUCCCGACGGAUCACAAGGCGUGAGAGACCAUCCCAGCACAAAAAUGAAAGAGCUUGGCGGACCAACCGGGGAGAACCAGGCUGGGUGGUCCAGGGUCCGCAUUGACGCCAAAGACUGGUCGAGAGUGCUCAGCGUAGGUCGAGUCAGUGCCAGAGUCAUUGCCUGUUUCAUCAAUGAUGGCGGCCUAGUGUUGUAUGUAUAUCUGCCUAAUGACGAGAAUGGUAGUGAAGAUGAAUCAUGUCUUACGUACUAUAUCAGCUCCUUCUCUGCCUAG